GCUUUUCAUCGAGGUCUUUAAUUCCGUAUCCGCUUUUUGCCCGUUUGGUCGUGGCAAAACAAAUUCUGGAAUUAUGGAUAAACUUACCGGUAACGUUGAAUUACUUGUAAAAGGAAGUUCCAAUGAUGUUGAAGUUGUACAAGUUCAAAGAUGUGACACACAUUUCCCACUACAUACACUACCAGUCGGAAUACCCCCAAUAUUACCGACUCCAAGAGAACAACUGGAAGAAUUCCUUACAUUAUCAGACGAUGGAGAUAUAUUAAAUUUAGACAAUGUUCAAAAAUUUCAGCAUAGAAUACCACAGGAAGAGCGUCUAUACUAUAUGGAAGAAAUGCCAGUUCAAACAGACUUUGUUGUUGAAAGGGAUAUAGCUACCGGAAAACCAAUUGCAUUAAGCGAAGAAUUCUUAGAAAGCACUGGUCAUACCGCUCUAAAUUCAUUAUCACUUUCAAGAAAGCCUGGUGAUCCUUCUGUUGGAAUUAAAGGAAGUUCUGUAAAUUUUCCUUUUUGGCCUGGAAGUUUGGAUGAACCUGAGCAUAAAAGUAAAUACAUACCAACUGAUACUGUAAAUUUUGAGGAAAACUUGCAAACUAUACCACCUGGAUUUGAAAAUGGGAUGGAAUUUAAAAAGAAAACCAUCUCUCCACUAAAGUUUGAUAUUGCUGACAUUCUUGGCAAAGAAUAUAAAAUUAGAGGAAGAAAGAAGGGUGAUGGUGAUGAUAGUCGUGGUGGUAACAAUAAAGAGGUUGAGAUUGAUGAUGACGAUACUGAAGACGACAGCAACGAUAAUGGAGAAGGAGGAGAAGAUGAUGAUGAUGAUGAAACUAGUGAUGAAUUUGAAUUUGGAGAUGUUAUCAAAUUAGAAACUGUUGAAGAAGCUAAGUUCAAAAAACAGAUAAUUGGUAAUGAAUAUGUCCAAGUUUUAAGUAUUAAAGAGAAAAUGCCACCAUUUGAAGAACUGUUACCUGAUGCCGCUUACAAGUGGAGUUUUGAGCCGGAUGUCUUUCAGAAACAAGCCAUACUUUGCCUUGAGAGGGGAGAUAGCGUAUUUGUUUGCGCCCAUACUUCUGCGGGAAAAACUGCAGUUGCCGAAUACGCCAUUGCCCUAGCUAGAAAGCAUAUGACAAAGGCCAUUUAUACAUCUCCAAUUAAAGCUCUAUCUAAUCAGAAGUUUAGAGAUUUCAAAGAAACAUUUGUCGAUGUUGGCCUUAUAACGGGAGAUGUUCAAAUUAAUCAAGAAGCAUCUUGCUUAAUCAUGACAACCGAAAUUUUAAGAUCAAUGCUCUACAAUGGUUCGGAUGUGAUUAGGGAUCUGGAGUGGGUAAUAUUUGACGAAGUGCACUAUAUAAACGAUGCUGACAGAGGUGUUGUUUGGGAGGAAGUUAUUAUUAUGCUCCCGGCUCAUGUAAACGUUGUUCUCCUAUCGGCAACAAUACCAAAAGCCGAAGAAUUUGCUGAAUGGGUAGCCAGGAAUAAAAAACGCAAAGUCUACGUUGUUUGUACACUGCAGCGUCCAGUACCUUUAGAACAUUAUUUAUAUACCGGAAGCUCUGUAAAAAACACUAAUGAAUUAUUUUUAAUACUUAAAGGUUCAAAAUUUGAAAAAAGCGGUUAUACUAAAGCUUGCGAUGCAAAGAAAGAGAGUUCAAAAACUAAAAAGCCGGUCAAUGAACGAGGAGUAUGGCUAUCCGUCAUAGAAAUGUUAAAAAAGAAAGAAAAGUUACCUGCAAUUUGCUUCACCUUCUCUAAACGAAGGAUAGAUGAAAAUGCUCAACAUUUAAAAUCGGUAGAUCUAAAUACGGCUACAGAGAAGAAUGAAAUUUAUACAUUUUUUCAACAAUCAACAUCUAAAUUGAAAAGAUCGGAUCAAGGUUUACCUCAAGUGAUGCUAAUGCGCGAUAUUCUUAUGAGAGGUAUUGGUAUACAUCAUAGCGGUAUUCUACCAAUAUUGAAAGAAGUUGUAGAGAUGCUUUUCGCCAUGGGUCUAGUAAAGGUACUAUUUGCUACUGAAACUUUCGCUAUGGGUGUCAAUAUGCCUGCGAGAACUGUUGUGUUUGAUUCGUGUAGGAAACACGACGGAAAGAAAUUUAGGGACUUACUUCCUAGUGAGUAUAUUCAAAUGGCCGGGAGAGCUGGCAGAAGAGGAAAAGAUACAACUGGAACUGUUAUUGUUCUCUGCAAAACAGAAGUAGCUGAAUUAUCAGAUUUGCAUAGAAUGAUGACUGGUCCACCUACUCAACUGCAAAGUCAAUUUACGGUUACUUAUUCAAUGAUUCUAAAUCUUUUACGCGUAAAGGACAUACGAGUUACGGAUAUGAUGAGAAGAUCAUUUUCGGAAUUUGGUUCUAGACGCCAAACCGAUAAUUUAGAGAAAAAAUUGAUAGAACUUGAAAAGAAAAGGGAAUCUUUACCAGAAAUUUUGGAUUUUGGUGGAGAUUUAGAGGCUUAUUACGAUACCAAUGAACGAUAUUUGGAAAAUCGUACAAUGGCUUUAGAAGCGUCACUUGGGUCAUUAACCGCUCAGAAAUUAUUCAUUCCCGGUAGAUUAGUGAUAACAAAUAGUGGAUUGGCUGCAGUACUUAAAACGGAUUUUAAUGAUAAAUCAUUUCAAGCUUUCCUUUUGGUAGAGAGAAACGAAAGUAAAGAAAAUAUAAAAUAUCCUCAGCCUACUAUUUUGCCACUAAAGCUGAAAAAAGUAAUUAAUCCAAAGUGCUUUACGUCGAAAUUAAAAUUUGAAAAUAUCUGCUAUUUGUUAAAUAAAGUAAUAAAGGUAAACGGUGAUCGUAUUAUUGAAGAUGAGAAAAAGAGAGCUAUCCCCCGCUUUCAAAAUGAUCCUCCCGGGCAGUCUACAGUCACAGCUAUGAAAGAAUUAAUUAGUUAUCUUGAGGAGAAUUAUGAAAAUCCGAUUACUCUUGAUUAUAAGGAUUUUAAGCUAAAAGGUGUUACAGAAGUUGACAUUUGUCAGAGGGCAAAAGACUUGGAAGAUAUUCUUUCCACAUAUUGUUGUGUUCAUAGUGCCAAUUUUGAAGAGAAUUUCGAUGCUAUACGUGAAAGAAAAAUAAUGGAAAAAGAAUAUGAAUCUAUUAGGCAUUUAUUGUCCGAUGAAAGUCUCCAACUACUCCCUGAAUAUCGGCAAAAGCUACAAGUUCUUCGUCAUUUAGGCUAUAUCGAUGAAGAUGAUAUUGUUCAAUUAAAAGGAAGAGUUGCCUGCGAAAUGAGCCAGGCCGAACUAAUUCUUACAGAACUUGUUUUUGAAAAUGCCUUAAAUAGCUUAGAACCGGAGGAAAUUGCUGCUAUACUCUCUUCUAUAGUCUUCGAACAAUCUAGAGCAUCUGAAGCGAAAUUAAAUAAUUCUCUACUUGCGGCUAAGAGGGAAUUUGAAAGAGUUGCGUCGAAAGUUGAUGACGUUCAAAAACAAUUCCUGAGACGAGAAGGCCCCGAAGAGUUCCUCAGCAAAUUUAACUUUCAACUAAUGGAAGUCGUGUAUGAAUGGGCAAGAGGAACUUCAUUUAAAGAAAUAACUAAAUUAACCGACGUGCAAGAAGGGAUUAUCGUUCGUUGUAUUCAGAGACUUGACGAAGUUAUACGAGAUGUAAGAAAUGCAGCUAGAAUGAUAGGCGAUCCCCUAAUGUUCAAAAAGAUGGAGGAAGCGUCCACAAAAAUAAAACGUGACAUUGUUUUUGCCGCAAGCUUAUAUACACAAUAA